UUUGAGUUCAAGAAACAGGACACUGCUGACAUUUCCUCAGUGCGGCCAAGUUACAAUUUGUUUGGGAUAUAAAAACACAGAAAGAUCCAGGCCUGCAUGCUAGAAUCAUCGCACUAAUGUUACCUUAGUUACACCAGCAGUUGUGUUACCAUAGCAACACAAGAGGGACCAGCGUAGACGCAGUGACGCAUCUCAGGAGAUUAUAGCAACAAACUAGUAAUUGGGAUCACCAAAUCAGGACAGUGAGGUCAAAGCAACAAAAAUAACUUAGAAUAGCAACUAAAUUAAUGUUACCGCACCAAAAUAAGUUUAGCAAGUUUAGCAAUUUUAGCAACAAUAUCUAUUCAAUCAAAGCCUAUCAUAAAAACAUCAUCAAGGAAUGUACAAAAUAAUGUUACCCGGUUGAUGAUCACCAUAACGAUAUUGCUUAAGCAAGGACAGCAACAAUAAAAACAAAAUCGCCAUAGGAACAGACAAAACAUAGUAACAAUGGAUGUCUACCAAGACCAGGGUUACAGUUCAGCCGACAGUGACAUGUCAUUCUGCGAUCAUAAACAGCCGUUAUCACCAAUAUUCGAAGAAGAUUUACCAAAGACUCCCGAAAAUGACUCGUUGCUAGGCAACGAGGCUUCCAUGGAAACUACGGAUGUAUCUCCAACACCUACAUGCAACUCUGAAAUGGUACCAUCAUUUAUAAAGGUACAUCAUGUAACGACACCCAGGCAAAUCCCAAAAAUCCCCUAUAUAGAUCCCCUAUCUCCAUACCUUAUAGACACGUAUAACUACAAGAAGUCGUUGGAGAAGAUAUAUCAUCCUAAAGCUUGCUUGGAAAAUCAGAAAGAUAUACAACCGGAAAUGAGAGACCAGUUAAUCACAUGGCUGUGUAAAGUCCACCAUCAGUGCAACUAUAGUUCUGAUACGAUCUUUCUGACUGUGAACAUCAUUGACAGAUUCCUGGCCCAAACAAACAUUACUAUAAAUGUGUUUCAGCUAUUAGGAGUUUCUGCAUAUUUAAUCGCUACAAAACUAGAAGAGAUCUCUGUGCCGGAGGUGACUGACCUACUCUACUAUACGUGUCACACUUACACAUAUAACCAACUUAUACAGAUGGAGGCCAUUAUUUUACAGAAGCUUCGAUUUGACUUUAACGUCCCAACAUCCAACUAUUUCUUAGAGCAUUAUUGUACAUUACAAAUGCGACAACUAAAUUGUUGCCAUGAUGAGGAGACACCAACAAAACUGAACUUAUUCAGACAAGUUCAAGGUAUUGCACGAUUUAUCCUGGAACUCACAAUAACUGACUACAAUAUUACCCAGCAUCCUCCAUCAGUGAUUGCCAUAGCAACUCUGAAAGUAGCGGAGCAGUGGCACCUAUCGGAAGGAAACAUACUGAUACACCUACAACCCGAACUAGCUAGGCUUGAUUAUAAGGCCUGUUUCGAGCAAGUCCAGAUAUUAGCCAAGCAGAUAUUAACGACAUGCACAGACUUAGAACAGAUUUGCUUGAAAUACAUGGACCCGAUUGCUUAGAUUUGGAGGUGACGACGAGUAUGUGCCUUUAGAAAAGCGGAUCAGUUGCAGUACGUAUACCUAAAUAUGGUUUCCUUGACAGCGAGACUAAUCAAAAUGGAUACUGGAUAUGAAAAAUAUUGGAUAGCUAGCUGUACCUAUCUGGAUAUUG